AUGGUGCAAGAUUUCCAUUUGGCACUGUGUAUUACUUUUGUCACAAAUGUGGUGAACAAAUACAGCAACUUUGUCGGAUUUCCGAUCUACCUGAAUGGACGCCGAUUGAAUACACUUCAGGCUCUGUGGAUGAUGGAUCCAAAGGAGAUCAGUGAAUGGCAGCAUGAGGAAUUCUACCGCUAUGUUGCGAAGGCAUAUGACAAACCACGGUACAUCCUCCACUAUCGCACCGAUGCGCCACUCAACAUUCGCAGCAUCUUCUAUGUGCCAGACAUGAAGCCGAGUAUGUUUGAUGUGAGCAGAGAGUUGGGGUCCAGUGUGGCAUUGUACAGCCGGAAAGUGUUGAUUCAAACUAAAGCCACCGACAUCCUACCCAAGUGGCUCCGAUUUCUACGUGGUGUUGUUGACAGUGAAGAUAUCCCACUGAACCUCAGCAGAGAGCUGCUACAGGAGAGUGUGCUCAUCAGGAAGCUGCGGGAUGUUCUGCAACAACGACUCAUCAAAUUCUUCCUGGACCAGGGGAAAAAAGAGCCUGAAAAGUUCAUGAAGUUUUAUGAGGAUUAUGGAUUGUUCUUGCGUGAGGGGAUUGUGACAACUACUGAGCAGGACGUGAAGGAAGAUAUUGGAAAACUGCUGAGAUUUGAAUCAUCUGUGCUGCCGGCGGGUCAGGUGACCAGUCUACCUGAGUAUGCCAGUCGAAUGAAAGCAGGGAGCCGGAAUAUUUAUUAUUUGUGUGCCCCAAAUCGUCAUCUGGCAGAAUAUUCGCCAUACUUCGAAGCCAUGAAGAAGAAAGAAAUGGAGGUUCUGUUUUGCUACGACCAGUUUGAUGAAUUGACUCUACUACACUUACGGGAAUUUGACAGGAAAAAGCUAAUUUCUGUGGAGACUGACAUUGUGGUAGAUCAUUAUAAGGAGGAGAAGUUUGAGGGCAACAGGCCAGCAUCAGAGCGCCUGUCUGAGUCAGAAUCUGAGGAGCUAGUGGCGUGGAUGAGGAAUGCACUUGGAGAACGAGUGGCAAACAUUAAGUUGACUCCACGUUUGGAUACUCACCCUGCCAUGGUUACUGUGCUGGAGAUGGGAGCUGCACGGCACUUCCUGCGCACGCAGCAGCUUGCCAAGUCCAGUGAGGAACGGGCUCAGAUCCUGCAGCCGACACUGGAAAUUAAUGCAAGUCACACCCUGAUAAAGAAGCUGAAUGAAUUACGAGGCCAGAAUACAGAGCUAGCUCAACUGCUGCUUGAUCAGAUUUAUGAUAACGCCAUGAUUGCUGCAGGGCUAAAUGAUGAUCCCCGACCAAUGGUCAGCAGAUUGAACAAACUUCUGACCAAAGUUUUGGAACAUCACUAAUGCCUGAAGGAGGAGCACUCUUGCCCGCUGUCACCAUGUGUGGAAUAGUAGGACCAUUAAGAAGAUCCAAGAAUUCAUCCUCGCUAGGCCUGUGUUUGAAACUAUGCAUAAGUCUUGUGAUUUCUCCAAGCACAAAAUGACACAAAUGUUAUAUGCUGAGAAGAUUCUGCAAGUAAAAUAUUUCCAGAUGAUAA